AUGAAUUCCGUUGUUGAUAAGCAUGGUGACGUUUUCACAGUACAGCUGGGAGGGUUUUACAUUACAUUCUUUCAAGACCCUCUGUCGUUUGGGGCGCUUGUGAAGGAGAGUCGAGAUAAACUGGACUUCAAUGAGUUUGCUGUGCAUCUGGUGCAAAGAGUUUUUGGCUACAAAGCGGAAAAGAGCGACCACACCGUUCUCCAGAUUUCCAGCAACAAGCACCUGAAAGGGGAUGGCCUGGAGAUAAUGACACAAGCUAUGAUGAGCAAUCUGCAGAACCUGAUGUUGCACACUAUGGGAUCAGCUACAGACCAAAAGACCUGGAUGGAAGACGGACUGUUUAUGUACAGCUACAAUAUUGUCUUUAGGGCUGGCUACUUGUCUCUUUAUGGUAACAGGCCACACAAGUCAGAAGGAAGUGAGGAAAAAGCUAAAGAGAAAGACAGAGUCGAAUCUGAGGCCCUAUUUUACGAGUUCCGUAAAUAUGACCAGCUAUUCCCCAACCUGGCUUAUGGGGUCCUGACACCGAGAGGAAGGAUGGAAGCAGAGAGGCUUCUGGGAAACUUCUGGAACACUCUGUCAGUGCAGAAAAUGAAAAUGAAAGACAACAUCAGUCGCUGGGUGUGGGACAUCCAGCUGGGCAAAAAAGAGAUGGGUGUCAGUGAGACGAUGAUAGACAGCUACAUGUUUGUGUUUCUGUGGGCCUCUCAGGGGAAGAUAAGAGGCUGUGCGUUAGAUUUGCCUUCUGGGGGCAAACUGGCCUAG